AUGGCUGCGCCCUGCUGCCAUGGCUGCUGGCUGCUCCCCCUGCUCAUGCUGCUUGCUGCCGCGGGUGCUCUUGGUGCAGAGGGCGCUUCCCUUGUGCUUGUGCAGCUGGACGUGGAGUCGCUGCUCCCUUCCGCAGCAGCCGCGUCUUGCCCCACGCCACAAGAACAAAGGCCUGGGGCUGCGACGGCCACGAGGAUGCCCAUCGUGCACCAGCACGGCCCGUGCUCGCCGCUGGCCGACAAGCACGGGAAGAAGGCGCCGUCCCACACGGAGAUCCUCGUCGCGGACCAGCGCCGCGUCGAGUACAUCCAUCGCCGUGUGUCCGAUACCACCGGGCGGAUGAGGCGGCAGAAGCAAAGCGCACCAGUGGAGCUCCCGCCCGGCACGCCGUCGUCGUCGACCCCCGCGUCGUCGCUGUCGUCCUCCGCCACGUCGACGAACCUGCCGGCGUCGUCCGGGCGCGCGCUGAACACGGGCAACUACGUGGUGCCCAUCCGCCUCGGCACGCCGGCGGCGCGGUUCACGGUGGUGUUCGACACCGGCAGCGACACGACGUGGGUGCAGUGCCAGCCGUGCGUGGCCUACUGCUACCGGCAGAAGGAGCCCCUCUUCAACCCCACCAAGUCCACCACCUACGCCAACAUCUCUUGCACGUCGUCCUACUGCUCCGACCUCGACAGCAGCGGCUGCUCCGGCGGCCACUGCCUCUACGCCGUCCAGUACGGCGACGGCUCCUACACCGUCGGCUUCUACGCCCAGGACACGCUCACCCUGGGCUACGACACCGUCAAGGACUUCCGGUUCGGGUGCGGCGAGAAGAACCGCGGGCUGUUCGGGAAAUCGGCGGGGCUGAUGGGCCUCGGCCGCGGCAGCACAUCGCUGCCGGUGCAGGCGUACGACAAGUACAGCGGCGUGUUCGCGUACUGCAUCCCGGCGACGUCGGCCGGGACGGGGUUCCUGGACUUCGGGCCGGGCGCGCCGGCGGCGGCGAACGCGCGCCUGACGCCGAUGCUGGUGGACAACGGGCCGACGUUCUACUACGUGGGGAUGACGGGCAUCAAGGUGGGCGGGCACCUGCUGUCCAUCCCGGGCACCGUCUUCUCCGACGCCGGCGCGCUGGUGGACUCCGGCACGGUGAUCACGCGGCUGCCGCCGUCGGCGUACGAGCCGCUGCGGUCGGCGUUCGCCAAGGGCAUGGAGGGCCUGGGAUACAAGACGGCCCCGGCGUUCUCGAUCCUGGACACCUGCUACGACCUGACGGGGUACCAGGGGGGGAGCAUCGUGCUGCCCGCGGUGUCGCUGGUGUUCCAGGGCGGCGCGUGCCUGGACGUGGACGCGUCGGGGAUCCUGUACGUGGUGGACGUGUCGCAGGCGUGCCUGGCGUUUGCGGCCAACGACGACGACACCGACGUGACCAUCGUCGGGAACACGCAGCAGAAGACGUACAGCGUGCUGUACGACCUCGGCAAGAAGGUCGUCGGCUUCGCCCCAAGAGCUUGCUGA